GAGUAGGGAGGUGGGUGGCUGUGACGAUAUGAGCGUGGUGACAGGAUCGUGGAGGCCGGUGGCUGUGGGACGCUGAGGGUGGGGGGCAGGGAUAGGGCUCCUCGGGGCAGCCAGAGCAGCGUCAGGGUGACUGCAGCAUGAGGAAGCUGGAGACCCCAGGGUCUCAGAGGUGGUGACAAGGCUUUGCAGAGGACAGUCGUUCAGGCGAAGGGACUUCAGGUCACUGUGACCCUGUCAAGUGCUGAAGGACUGAGGCGACAGAGCUAAGGGAGGACCGUGGGGUCCCGGAGUGAAGAUCAAGUGACUUGUGAGCGGGACCCAGAGUGAGGGGCUAGGGUAGGAAGUCUGCCUGGACGGUGACCCAGCAGGCUUCCUGACCUCUGUCACAGAUGACCAAGUAAUCCUGUCCCUGUGCCUCCUCUGCUAGGCUUCCAGACCUUCUCUCCAGGGGAAGGACAAGUCCUUCUUGCUCCAUCUCCUACGUCUUCCCCACCACCAACCCUACAAAGUGAAGAGACAGAGCCCACGCUUCAUAGAAGCUGAAGGACUUGCCCCAGUCCACACUGUGAGUGGUAGCACUGGACUUCAAAGCUGUGACGAAGCCCAGGGUGCUUCCCACUCCAGCAUAGAUGGCACCCUCUCCAGACAAGGGGCUGAGUGAAGUCAUCUCACCGACAAACCUGCAGUUCCUCGGGUGGCCACCAGAUGGCGAUGAGCUUCCCUGUCCAGGUCUCCCUCUGGCAAGCUCCGCGAGUGGAGUCAAGAAAGGACGCGCCACACCAGCUGUCCACCGACCCCCAAUCCCGGCCCCCGCGCCCAUGGCCGCACCCGGACCCCGCGCCUUGCGUGCGGCUCUCUGCAGCGGUUGUUGCCUCCUCCUGUGUGCCCAGCUGGUUAUAGCUGGCAAAGGAGCUCGAGGCUUUGGGCGGGCAGCCUUGAUCCGCCUGAACAUCUGGCCUACUGUCCAAGGGGGCUGCAAACACCUGGGACACUGUGAACGCUGUGUGGACAGAGCCCACAACCUCUCCAUUUGCGUCUGGCAGCAAUGUGGGCCAGAGGAACCAGGACAUUGUGUGACCCAAGCUGAGGUGGUCAAGGAGGGUUGCUCUGUUUAUAACCGUUCAGAGUCGUGCCCAGCUUCCCACCACCAUCCCACCCAUGAACCGAAGACAAGCACAACAGGGAGUCCCCCCAUCCCUGAAGCCCACAGCCCAGGUUUUGAUGGAGCCAGCUUCAUCGGGGGCAUUGUGCUGGUGUUGAGCCUGCAAGCAACAACCUUCUUUGUACUGCGCUUCCUCAAGGCCAAGGACAGCACUUACCAGACACUGGAAGAGAACCAAAUCUGACCCCCAAGUGGUCCUGGCUCCACCUUGAAGGGACAGAGGACUCAGAGGCCACCCUCUUGAUUGCCUUAUGAGCAUUGGGGGUGGGACACACUUUGGCCACCCGUUUCUGGUCCCUGAAGGCACAGGGCACCAAGAGGGCUUAGCGCUGAUGGCUGACAUUCUUUCCUGUCCUGGGCCUGGCACCUGUAGCUGAGAGCAUCCUUCAUCCAGCCAGCUGAGCCCCAGCCUGGUACUGAGGUCUGCCGCUGCCUCUCAUCAACCCAGUCUGGGGUCUACCCCCAAAUAAAAGACCUGUU